GCUCGUCGCUCCGGCUGGGAACUGACUAGAGGAACGGAAAAUGGCGGACCUCGAAGACGUUACGCUGGACGGGAGACCGCUCCAGUCCCUUCGUGUAGCAGAUUUAAAGGCCGCUCUUGAGGAGAGAGGACUUUCGAAAAGCGGACAGAAGAAUGCCUUGGUUAAAAGACUCAAAGGGGCUCUGAUGUUGGAGAAUCUGCAGAGGACCUCCACUGCUCACAUUGGACUACAGCCAAACUCUCAGAUUGGAGAGGAAAUGAGCCAGAACAGCUUUAUCAAGCAAUAUCUGGCUAAACAACAGGAGCUCCUAAGGCAGCGCCUGGAGAGGGAGGCCCGUGAAGCCUAUGAAACCAAUGAGCAAGAGGACCGCUCACAGGUUAACAACAGCACAUCAUGCCCUCCUCAAGUCCAGCAGGAUGCCUCAGGGGCUGAGCAGCACAAACCACCUGGCCCUUCAGUUGGGGAGGAAUUGUUUGAUCUGGAGAAUACAAGAGAGGGCAACCGGGACCAAGAGAAUGACCUCUCUCUCCCACCUGCAUCUGGCUCUCUGGCAAUGCAUGGUCCUGGUGAACACCACCCAGAACGGUGUUCUGCAUCCAGUGAAGUCACAGCUGACAGUGAUGAUGAGGAUGGCGAGGAAGAUGGUGACAAGGAUGAUUGGGACAGUAGUGCUCGGAGAGGCCACCAGCAACCAGCUAGAGUACCCACAAUAAGAGACCGGUCUGGAGCGUCUUGUCAACCCCAGCAGCAGCACAUUCCUUCCCUUUUGUCUCCCCAGCUCCGCCAGCCAACACCUCCCCCUUCCCCACCUCCAGAGUUGUCAUUUCCUUUGCCUGACACACCCAAACAGAGCCCCCCUAGUCCAGAUGUAGCCCCAGCUAGGCGCUCCUCCAGCUCUGGUUCCUCCAGCAGUGACAGCUGUAGUAGCAGUCCUGAGCCCCAGAGAAGUGGGCAUGCUGAGCGCAAGCCUGGCCCUCUGACCCUUUUGGCACGAAAAAUGGAGUCAGAGGGGGCUUUCUCGGGAGCAGGGUGGCAUGUUGGCGAUGGAGAAGGUGAUAGGCAAGAAACCAGUUCACCUUCAACUACAUUGUUUCCUGCAAGAAGUCCUCUGGAGGGUCUGGUAUCUGAUAUCGCUCACACAGCCAGCACUAUUGGCCAUCUACCAAUGGUUCCAGGCAACACCCAGGGUGUCACAGGAGGACAUUCAGUCCACAUUCAAGUACCUAUGAGUGUGCUCAGGGCCACUGCAAAGGACGAAAGGGACUGUGAGUUGGAAAGGGAAAAGGCACCGGAUUUGGAAAGGCAAGAACCAGCAGAGGAGGUUGCGUGGGAAAGAAUUUUAGUACUGGCAGGAGAGGAGAGUCAAAAAGCAUUUGGAAAAGAGGGAAUUGAGCAGCCACAGGCUUCAGAACAAGAAAAGCUGUCUAAGUCAAGAAAGAGUCAACCAGCGCAAGAUCAGGAGAGGGAACUAGCUUUGGCUAAGGAAAGGGAAGUGCAAGAGCAGUGCUUGGCACAAGACAGGGCCCUUGAAUUGGAGAGGCAAAAGCAGCUUGAACGACAGAAGGCCCUGGAGCUAGAGAGACAUAGGAAUCUUGAAAAACAGAGGGUUCUGGAGCAAGAACGUCUACAGAAAGAGAAAAGAGAGAGAGAAGAAAUGGAGCUAGAAAGGGUCAAGGCAAUGGAGAUGGAAAAGGCUCUUGAACAAGAGAGAAUAGACAGAGAGCGAGCGUUGGAGGCUGAGAGAAAGGAGACAGAGAGAAUUGAAAGAGAAAAGCAGGAAAUGUUGGAAAUGGAAAGGUUGGCGAGAAAGAAAGAGCGAGAAAAGUCCUUGGAGCAGGCAAGACUAGAAAAGGAAAGAGCCUUGGAACAAGAGAGAAUAGAAAAAGAAAAAGCUCUAAAGCAAGAAAGGUUGGAGAGUGAAAAGGAGGAAAUGGACCUAACUGAAGCAAGGAUGAAGAUGGUGGUACAAGAGUUGGAGGUAAAAAACACGGAGGAGAUGAAGACAGCUCUAGAACAGGAAAGGAUGACGAGAGCUGAAAAUGAGAGGAAAGAACAUCUAGAGAGGGAGAAGUGUAAGGAGCAUGAGAACCUUGAAAGAGACAAGGCUUUAGAGAAGAAACAAAAAGAGAAAGAGCAGGAGGAAGAGAGAAUUUUUUUUGUUGAAGGAACAGUAGAGAAGGAGAAAGUCACACAAAAAGAGGAACAAGAGACAGUGGCUGAAAAGGAGAGGGAGAGUCAUCUUCCUCCAUUCAAACGUGGCCAUGCGCUUUAUCCCACCCCUCUACCCACUCCUACCCUUCUCUCCACAGGAAAGGCAAGAAAGCCUUUGGCAGAGGCUGGGGAGCAAAAUGAUGCUCCGGUGUCCAGGAAUGAAGCAGAGUCAAGUGCACACAUGUCACCAACCCCUUUGUCGCCACAGUCUUUAUUUAAGAGGUCAAUGUUCUUAAGGGAUUCCCCCAUCCCUCCUCAGUCUUCGUCCACUUCUGUGGUUAUCAAGCGACCCUGUACAUUCUCUGAUACACUUCAGCCACAGGCCUCACAUGGCUUUUCCUUGAUUAGUCUUGGAGAAGCACAACAGGAAAGAUACCAGCCCUCCACUAAAAAAGAAGAUACACCGUGUAGAAAAGACGAGUUUGCUGCGGAAUCAGUUGAGAUACAGUCUGAGAAGAAAAACGUUGUUAGUGCCACACUUGGUCAGACAACUAAAGAAGAAGGGGCCACAGACGUUGAAUUGGUAAAGGCUGAACAUGGCAAUGAAUCAAUCAAAACUAUGAAAGAAGUAGAUAAAAGCAGGGAGAAAGGAGAUGCAAGGAAAGAAAUUAAACAAAGAAGACAAAGAUCACCAUCUAGUGACUCAUCGUCGGAAUUGGACUCAGGGUCUCCAUCAUCUCGAUCCUCUAGAUCAUCAACUUCUCAAGAGAAUACCUCCUUCGGAAGUAGAGGGGAGGAGAAGCUUAAGAGGGAUCCUUCAUCGCGGCACAGUGUGACAGUGGAGCCUCAGAUGAAGGCUUCAGAGGAGACCUCCAGAGCCUCUCCUCACACAAGAGUGACGUCUGCAGAGAACAGUAGCAGAGCUGCUGAUGGAAAUAGUCCCACCAAGAAACCUUCCAGUGUCGACCUUCCAUCCAAACCAACCAGAGAGGAGAGACAAAGAAAGAGAAAUAACAGCGAGGAAGAGGAGGAAAAGGACAAACAGAGGCAGGUGAAUGAGACUACUAUGGCACAGGCUGAGAAGUCUUCAGAGACCAGCGAGGCGACACCAAAGGUCUUCUCUCCUCGUAAGAUCUCUCUUACCACACCAGGCACCAAAUCAUCUCCAGGCACUGGCAGUGCAGAAAGUGAGCAGGACUCUGGGACAGCGGGUGGUCGCAAGAGGAGGUGGGGCUCCAGCACAGCUGUUACAGCCAAGAAACCUUCAAUCAGCAUCACGACUGAUUCACUCAAGUCUCUCAUCCCAGAUUUUCGACCACCUUUGGGUCAGGAGGCAGUAGUUGAUCUGCACCCAGAAGAAGCUGUUCUGUCUGAGGCUGAGGAUGAGGAGAGAGAGUGCACUGACCAAGACCUCCAGAUUUGUCGUACAGUAACACAGGUGGUGCAUUCAGAGAGACAAGAGAAUGGACAGAAAGAAGCAAAGAGGAGCAGACAUGAGGAGCAAGAGGAUGAAGACACGGAAAGAACAAAGGUGCAUGAGGAAAAGAUGGACACCCCAUUUCCUGGUGCGGUGGAAACCCAACCGUAUACCAGCCAUGACGUAGAAAUCAACACUGUGACUCCGAGCGACACACUCAUCCGUCGCUCCAUCAGUCAACAGAAAACGAGUGUCUCUAUCACAAUCGACGACCCUGUUCGCACAUCCCGACAGCCUUCUCCACCUCGUGGCAAAGUCUCCAACAUCGUUCACAUCUGCAACCUGGUGAGACCCUUUACUUUAGGACAGCUGAAGGAGCUGCUCAGCAGAACUGGUGCCCUGGUGGAGGAGGGCUUCUGGAUUGACCGGAUUAAGUCUCACUGCUACGUCACUUACUCUAACUCAGAGGAGGCAGUUGCCACACGGACAGCUCUUCAUGGAGUAAAAUGGCCUCAGAGCAAUCCAAAGGUUCUCAGUGUAGAGUUCUCUCAUCAGGAUGAGCUGGACUUCCACAAAGGCUUGGGCACUACUGACAAAUCUGGAGCAGACGAGCAGGGUCUUGUUUCUGGCCACGGCCGAGCAUCAGGUAUACCCUCUCUCCUACCUGAGCGAGACCAGUGGGCCGAGCGCGAACGUGAGAUGGAGCGUCGGGAGAGGGCACGAGCAGAACGGGAGUGGGACCGAGACAAGGUCAGAGAGUUUGGGAAAGUGGAGGACAAGGAGGGAGGUCCCCACAGAUCGCGCUCUAGAGAAAGACGACGUAAGGAGAGGGGAAAGAGCAAGGAGAAAAAAGCUGACAAGAAAGAGAAAACCACUGAGGAUCCUCCUGCUAAGCUGCUUGAUGACCUGUUCUGUAAGACUAAAGCACCUCCUUGCAUAUAUUGGCUUCCACUCACGGAGGAACAGUAUAUUCAGAGACAAGCAGCGAGAGCAGAAAGAAUUAAGGAGCGUGAGAAACGGAGGCAGGAGCAAGAAGAAGAGGAGGAGAAAAAGAAAGAAGAGGAGCGUAAAGAGAAGAUGAAAGCUGGAGGCAGCACAACAGGAGACCGGGCUGAGGGUGAGAAGGACAAGGAUAGAGAAAGAGGCCGAGACAGAGAGAGAGAGAGAGAAAGGGAGAGGGAAAACGACAAACGCAGGGACGGCUACCGUAGGCCAGGGGGUGGUGGGGCAGGGGGAAACCGACGCUCACGUAGCCGCAGUGCUCCACGAGAAAGACGGCACUAGUGGCUAAUUACCUGAUGGACCUGUACAAGAGACCUCCCUCUUCCAUUUGCCUUUCACUACAUGUUUAUAACAAAUGAGACCCAAAAAAGGAUCAACUGAUGUCAUCACCAUCAUCCACCAAGUCUCACAUUUCUAAGGCACACCUACACAAUUUCAUGCUUAAGGGAUGCUUAAGGGGGACCGUGAUUGUACAGUGUUGUUUCCCAGAGUGCUUUGUCUCACACCCAUCAAGGUUUGACAGACUAUUCUUUAUACAUUUGCCUCUCUUUGCUUUGGUUUAUGUCUUGACAGCUUAGUAGUAUGGCACACUGGAUAACUUUUAAUGAUUUCCCCAGUGUACCCCUUUCACCCCAAGUGUAGGUGCCAAUAAAGAUUAGCACUCAUUCAUGAUUGCUUCACCGUCUUAACAGCAGUUUGGACGUGUUGUCCUUUUUUUGCUGCAUGUAGUCUUAAGGCUGGAGCUGCCGGGCCUGCCUAAAGAGAAAAUUCAGCCCACUGGGCUCAUCUAAAUUUGAAAAUGUUUGGAAUUUUUUUACUGACAUAUACUGAAAGUCAUGCCUUGAAUGAAGCCGUUCGUGGUAGUUUGGACAGGUGUGAAGUAACUUCCUCCUCAACUCUGCUCAGUUCAAGAUGAGACGAUUCUCUGCGUUCGACUCUGUGUCACAACUGACACGAUUAUGAUCAUGUUCUCAUUGUGGAUCUUCUUUCCUCCUCUGCUUCUCUUCCUCCCAUUUCUUUUUCCCUGCAAAAUGAAUACAGAGAGAGCGUAUUAAAUUUGUCAUCACUAGUUUUAAUAUUGUUUUUUUUAAUCAUUAUUCUACCAUUUUAGUACAAAAGUAUGUUUUCUUUUUCUAAGUUCUUUGAGUAUCAGUGGUGAAUGUACAAAUAAAAAAAUGAAAUUAUG